AAAAAAAAACAAAAAGACGAACACUUCUCUGCUUUCCCUCUUUUCCAGGGUUCUGGGGUUUUAGAGAGACCCAAAACCCGAAUUACAGACAUCACCAUCGAUGGAUUUUUUGAUACUUUCUACGCCACAACAACAGCAGCAACAACCUCAGUCAUGGCCGCUGUUUCAGACCCAUCAGCAACCCCUCUUUCCCUCUUUUCGUAGUCUCUGGUGGUGACGAACACUUCUCUUCUUUCUCUCUUUUCCUAGGGUUCUAGGGUUUUGAGAGACCCAAAACCCAAAUUACAGACCUCAAAUACUUUCUACGCCACAACACCAGCAGCAACAACCUCAGUCAUGGCCGCUGUUUCAGACCCUUCAGCAACCCCAGAUAAUUUUACCUCAUAUCAAAACAAGAACAACAUGGUGGAGUUCAUCCAACCAUUCAAUAUGAUUGCAGUUUGUGUCACCAGUACAGAGGACUCAAUCAAGAAGGUUUGGUCCGCCACAGGAAAAGACACUAUAAUAAGUCAAAGAAAAGGUGCAAUAUAUGUGGAAGUACCUUCACCAAAGAUGAUGAUUACGACCAACACACAUGCAUUAGAGUUCAAGAUUGAUAUGAAAGUGAAAGCGGGGCCUCAAGAGUGGUUCAUCUUGCAUAUCCAGUCUUGUCUUCCUGUUGCUACACUACACUCAGAACUUGAACUUCAAGAUUUCUUUUUACACUUGAUAAGAAUAUGAGAAAGAAAACCCAUUAUUAGCCUGAUCCAAGAUAAUUUUGGAGGAAGGGGAAGAAGAACAGUUUCAUUACAUUGUGCUGAGUAGGUAUUUGUUAGUCUAAAAAGUUGCUUUUUUUCUUCCUCUGUAAUGUAGUUGUUCUUUUCAUUUAGGUACUGUACUGACCAAGUUUUUUUCUCAGACCAUACCAUUUUUUUUGUUUUUAUGAAAUGUACAUGAUACCUGUUCAAGUUUCAGUUUACUGGGUUUGAAUAAGCUUUCUUAAUUUCUGAAAGAAAAUAAUGCCACUUUGGUUUGGUGAA